AUGGAUGUAGGUAACGUUUGGAAAGUCUUCGAAAUUAAUGAAGAAAAUCUUCGAAUGCGUUACUUCAACUUCGACCCGGAUCCGACAGUUCGGCAGACAUUUUGGACAUUAUUUUUCGGGUCUGUAUUAGGAUAUUUUGGAAUGGCCUUUAAUCAGGCGACUGUACAACGUAUCGGCUCUCUCAGGACAUCACAAGAGGCAAACAAAAUUCUCUAUUUCGCCGGUCCGGUGUACUUUUUGUUUGGUGUCCUAGUUAAUAUUGAAGGACAUGUCAUGUUUGCCUACUUCAACUCUGUUAACUGUGAUCCUGUCGAGUCUGGCAUUAUUAAAAACCCAAACCAGUUACUACCAUAUAUGGUGGUUAGGGUGUUCCAUGGCUUUCCCGGGCUCGCGGGACUAUUUCUCGCCUCUUUGUUCAGUGCAUCGUUAAGCACAAUAUCAUCAGGACUUAGUUCUCUUAGCGCUCAAACCAUUGAGGAUUUCAUUAAACCCCGUUAUAAGGACAUGUCCGACAGAAAAGCAACAGCCAUAGCGAAGUUUUCAGUUCUGAUCUAUGGCGGACUUUCUUUGGCAAUCACAGCUAUGAUAGCGAAAGUACCCGGAUCAUUGAGUCAGAUAAGUGGCUCACUCCUCACCUGCUUUGGAGGUCCAAUUGCGGGAAUGUUCUUUCUUUCUAUAUUUUGCCCCUGGGCUACGAAAAAGGUAGGUCUGUCUUUUCAUGAACCUGGUUUUUAUGACAACAAGGUACUACCAAUUUUGAUCGCUCCUGAAGCAACAGACGUUUAG